AACUGUCGGUACAUUUUCCACGUGUCCCACCCCGUUUAUCACUUCACCUCUUCAGCACCACAAACAACAGAAACACCAUAUAAAACCAACAUUUGGGCCCCCAACUCUGCGUACUUUUGUAUUUGGCACUAGAAAGCAAAAACCCUCCAUUAAAUGCCGCACCAAACCGAUUAAAUCACCAGUUGUGCCAAACGCCUAGUCAAAGAGCACAAAAAAGAAAGUUAAGUGAGCUGAUUCGAUGAACACUUCCUUCUGCCACUGUCUUUAGUCACACACUUCACCGACACUUCUUUCCAUCUUCAUUUCUAACUUUCUAUCGUCACUCAAUUCACCUUUUCUCAUUUCUAUCUUCCCGAAUUAGUAUACUUUCUCAGUCACUGCCAAAAUUGCUGCUCUAAGUUUUAGCACUGGACCAAGGCUGGAUACUCCUCCUAGUACAAUGUCCAGUAGAUAGUGACAACUCUUCUGCUACUUGACGAAAAGCCAGCUUGGCGGGGUAACGUAUGUUUUCUCUCUCAUAAAAUGGUAAUUCCACAGUUAGUCCAAACACAAGCAUCUUACUCCUCAAUGGCGCCCAAGCAAAACUGUAAGAGCAAAGUGUCUUCUUUAUUCUCCGAUGGGUUUCUAUGUGCCGGUGGAAGUAUUGUGGCUUUACUAGUGGUCUGGGCCUUUUGGUCGUUUAUGAGCACUAGCCCAAAUACUGAUCCAAGUUUUUUCACUUCUUCCGUUGGUAAGAAGUCCGCUUUGGAAACUCCGGGAGAGCCUACUUCACCGGGUUUUGAUUUACGGUACGACCCGCCCGACCCGACUUUCUAUGACGACCCGGAUGUGAGAUACACUAUUGAGAAGCCGGUGAAAAACUGGGACGAAAAGCGAAGGCAAUGGCUGAAGCUGCAUCCUUCAUUUGUUCCCGGAGUAGAAAACCGGGUUCUGAUGGUUUCCGGUUCACAGUCGACGCCGUGCAAAAAUCCGAUCGGCGAUCAUUUACUGCUGAGGUUCUUCAAGAACAAAGUGGACUACUGCAGAAUCCACGGGUACGAUAUUUUCUACAACAACAUUUUACUUCAACCUAAGAUGUGGUCUUUCUGGGCAAAAAUGCCAGCGGUGAAAGCAGCCAUGUUAGCUCAUCCUGAAGCUGAGUGGAUCUGGUGGGUCGAUUCAGAUGCUGCUUUCACCGACAUGGACUUCAAGCUUCCAUUGGACCGGUACAAAGCCCAUAAUUUCGUAGUGCAUGGUUGGGAGAAGUUAAUCUACGAGCAAAAAAGCUGGACAAGUAUCAAUGCUGGAGUUUUCUUGAUUCGGAAUUGUCAAUGGUCUAUGGACUUAAUGGAAGCUUGGUCCAAGAUGGGCCCACAGUCGCCGGAAUACGAUAAAUGGGGUGAAAUUUUACGUUCCACGUUUAAAGAUAAGAUUUUUCAAGAAUCAGAUGAUCAAUCGGGAUUAGCUUAUUUACUGUUGAAGGAGAAGGAAAAAUGGGGAGAUAAAAUUUACGUAGAAGGCCAGUAUUAUUUCGAGGGGUAUUGGGUGGAAAUUGUAGGAACAUUAGAUAAUAUCACCGACAAGUAUUUAGGUAUAGAGAAAGGGGUACCUAGUUUAAGGAGGAGACAUGGUGAAAAAGUAAGUGAGAGUUAUGGUAAGGUGUGGGAGGAACACCUUAAGGAUGCUGGGUAUGGGAGGUACAGUUGGAGAAGGCCGUUCAUCACACAUUUUACAGGGUGUCAGCCUUGUAGUGGGGACCACAAUCAGAUGUAUUCUGGUGAAACUUGCUUUGAUGCUAUGCAGAAGGCAUUGAAUUUUGCUGAUAAUCAGGUGCUCAGGAAGUAUGGUUAUAUGCAUAAAGAUCUGCUUGAUUCUUCCUCUGUUUUUCCUGUGCCUUUUGACUUUCCUGCCUAAUAGAUUUCUUCGUUACUUUGUAAUUUUAAGCUCUAUAUAUAAACAUGUAUUAUAUAAUCUUUUCGUUUUCUAUCUUUUUAACUUCCUA